AUGCUAUCAAGAGCAGAAAUACUACGAAAUUCAAGUAGGGCUACUCUUCCAUCACCCCCUGCAAGGAGUCUUGAAGAAGAGUUUUCAUUCUGGCAAAGUUUUUCAAGGUUUAUGACCAUUCUCAUUCCCGAUUGUGUGCUUCGUAGAAUAGGGAAAAUGGAUAACCCAGCAAGAAUUCAGGCAUGGAGAGAAAAAGUAACAUUAUGCAUUCUAAUAUUCUUUACUUGCAUGCUUUUGGGGUUUAUUACAUAUGGAAUAAACCUUUUUGUUUGCAAAGGAUCAAAUAUAAUAAUUUAUGGGAAAAUCAAACCGUCAAUAAUGAAAACAGAUUACAUAUUAGCCAACGGCGGGAUAUUUGAAGCCGAUCAGUACUAUGGAAAUGAAAUACAGAACCACUUAUUUGCAAGAAACAUUGAUGCCUGCAAACAAGCAUUCGGUGGACAGCUGCUAGAUGGGGAUUUCGAAGAAAAAGAUUUUAUUAGAGUGUAUGAUCUACACUUUGACUGGGCAGAUGUAGAAAAGAAGAAGUUCAUUGUAAUAGACAAUAAAGUCUAUGAUCCCACAUACUGUACCGAACCUUACUUUGAUGAGUUUAUCAAAAAAUAUGCUGGGGGCAGAGCUAAUACUAAGGGACUAGAUAAGACCUGUUUAGAUUGUUUUAAAUAUACCUUUCUGGCUGGUAAAAUUUCAACAAGAACUGCAGGAUGUAUCUUUGGAGAUGUACUGCUAUGGCUGUCUACUGUUGUAAUAUUUUCUUUAAUUUUUGUGAGAUUUUUCCUUGCAAUGUUCUAUGCAUGGUACAUGAGGACGAAGCCAGUAUCAAUCAGAGGCACUACGCCCUGUAUUCUUCAGGUUACAUGCUACAGUGAGGGGAUGGAUGGAUUGAAAUCUACCCUCGAUUCAUUAACACUACUUGAAUAUGAUCCUGAUUAUAAACUUAUUAUUGUGGUUGCUGAUGGUGAUAUUAAAGGAGCUGGUAACGAGCUGAGUACACCACAGAUCCUUCUAAACAUGUGUCAGGUUGAUAAUCCUGAGCCCAAAGCAUAUAUCUCACUGGCGCCUGGCCAUAGAAGAUUUAACCAGGCCAAGGUACAUACUGGAUAUUAUGAAAAGGAUGGAAAGAGGGCCAGAAUUAUGAUAAUAAACAAGGUGGGAAAUCCAAAUGAAAUAUCAAAGAAGGGAAAUAGAGGAAAAAGAGACUCACAGGUAAUUUUGAUGUCGUUUUUCUCAAAGAUCUUGUAUGGAGACAGAAUGAGUGAGCUUGAUUUUGAAAUUUAUCGUAAAAUGUCAAUGAUGUUUCCAAGAUUCAAGCCAGAGGACUUUGAAAUUCUCCUGAUGGUAGAUGCGGACACAAUCGUCCAUGGGGAUGCAUUAGUAAAAAUAGUCUCUGCAUUUGAAAAAGAUCCUAAAAUUAUGGGACUAUGCGGUGAAACACAGAUUCUCAAUAAAAAUGAAAGCUGGGUCACAAGAAUACAGGUAUUUGAAUAUUACAUUAGCCAUCACCUGACUAAAAACUUUGAGAGUGUCUUUGGGGGUGUAACAUGUCUUCCUGGCUGUUUCUGUACAUACAGAAUAAAGAUUGUUACAGAUGAAAUGGGCCAGAUAAAGAACCACACAGAUAAAAAGACAAGACCUGAUGAAAAAUGGGAAUGUGUGCCACUGCUAGCAAAUCCACUGAUUGUAAAUGCAUAUUCAGUCUAUGAAGCGAAGACCCUGCACGAACAGAAUCUUUUGCACCUUGGCGAAGAUAGAUACCUCACAACAUUGUUAAUGAAGAAUUUCUACAAAAGAAAAUUGAUUUUUGUACCAUCCGCCAAAUGCUCGACUUACGUCCCUGCCGACUAUAAAACUCUUAGAUCACAGAGGAGAAGGUGGAUAAACUCAACGAUCCACAACAUGUUUGAACUUGUUUGUGUAGACAAACUGUGUGGCACGUUCUGUUUUUCAAUGCAGUUCGCAAUAGGCUUUGAACUCUUUGGUACAUUAACACUACCUGCUGCAAUAGUAUUUACAGGUGUUCUUCUUGUAUCAGCAUUUAUAACCGAGCCAGCCUGGAUUCCACUAAUAAUGCUAGUAGCUCUGCUUGGUCUUCCAGCCGUUCUGAUCAUGCUUACGACAUUUGAAAUUCAGUACUGGUUCUGGCUUAUCAUUUAUAUCUUUGCACUUCCAAUAUGGAAUUUUUUCUUACCCGUAUAUGCCUUUUGGAGGUUUGACGAUAUUUCAUGGGGCGAUACUAGAAAGGUUAAUGAAAAGGGUGGCAAAGACGAGGUUGGGCUGUUUGACUCAUCUUCCGUCAAGCUCAAGCACUUGGAAGAGUUUAUGGCUGAAAAUAAAUAA